UGGAGCAAAGCGUGCGGUGGGGUGAGCUUGCAGGGCGACGUAGAAAGUCUGGAGUACCAUGGUCCAAGUCGAGUUCUAUGUAAAUGAGAACACCUUUAAAGAGCGACUCAAGCUGUUCUUCAUCAAAAACCAAAGAUCAAGCCUGAGGAUACGGCUAUUCAACUUUUCUCUGAAGCUUCUUACCUGCCUUCUCUAUAUUGUACGUGUCCUGCUUGAUAACCCAGCAGAGGGGAUAGGAUGCUGGGAAUGCGAGAAGCAGAAUUACACGACCUUCAACCAGUCCACAGAUAUCAACUGGGCUCCCAUCUUAUGGGUGGACAGGAAAAUGCCACUCUGGGCCAUCCAGGUCAGCAUUGCUUUAAUCAGCUUUCUAGAGACCAUGCUACUCAUCUAUCUCAGCUACAAGGGAAACAUUUGGGAGCAGAUUUUCCGCAUUUCAUUCAUCCUGGAAAUGAUCAACACGGUGCCCUUUAUCAUCACAAUCUUCUGGGCUCCUUUGCGGAAUUUGUUUAUUCCGGUUUUUCUGAACUGCUGGCUGGCCAAGUACGCCUUGGAAAACAUGAUAAACGAUUUGCAUCGUGCCAUACAGAGAACGCAGUCUGCCAUGUUCAAUCAGGUGCUGAUUCUCAUCUGUACCCUGCUGUGUCUUCUUUUCACAGGAACCUGCGGCAUCCAGCAUCUAGAAAGAGCGGGCGAAAACCUCUCCCUCUUCAAGUCCUUUUAUUUCUGCAUCGUGACCUUCUCCACGGUGGGCUACGGGGACGUGACCCCAAAGAUUUGGCCCUCGCAGCUCCUGGUGGUUAUCAUGAUUUGCGUAGCCCUGGUGGUGCUGCCUCUCCAGUUUGAGGAGCUCGUGUACUUAUGGAUGGAGCGCCAGAAAUCAGGGGGGAAUUACAGCCGUCACCGUGCCCAGACCGAGAAGCACGUUGUCCUCUGUGUCAGUUCGCUCAAGAUCGACCUCCUCAUGGACUUCCUCAAUGAGUUUUACGCUCAUCCCCGGCUACAGGAUUACUACGUCGUGAUCUUGUGCCCAACGGAGAUGGACAUACAGGUCCGGCGAGUCCUUCAGAUUCCUCUCUGGUCACAGCGAGUGAUCUAUCUCCAGGGCUCUGCGCUGAAAGACCAGGACCUCAUGAGAGCCAAAAUGGAUAAUGGAGAGGCCUGCUUCAUUCUCAGCAGUCGAAACGAGGUGGAUCGCACGGCUGCGGACCAUCAGACCAUCCUGAGAGCCUGGGCGGUAAAAGAUUUUGCCCCCAACUGCCCCCUCUACGUUCAGAUACUCAAGCCUGAAAAUAAGUUCCACGUCAAGUUUGCUGAUCACGUGGUCUGCGAGGAAGAGUGCAAAUACGCCAUGCUGGCUUUGAACUGCGUCUGUCCGGCAACCUCCACGCUCAUCACCCUCCUGGUUCACACGUCCCGGGGACAGGAAGGCCAGGAGUCCCCUGAGCAAUGGCAACGGAUGUACGGGCGCUGCUCAGGCAAUGAAGUUUAUCACAUCCGGAUGGGGGACAGCAAGUUCUUCAUGGAGUAUGAAGGGAAAAGCUUCACGUACGCUGCCUUCCACGCACACAAGAAGUACGGCGUCUGCUUGAUAGGCAUCAGGAGGGAAGACAACAAGAGCAUCCUGCUGACCCCCGGGCCGCGGCACAUCAUGGCAGCGUCGGACACCUGCUUCUACAUCAACAUCACCAAGGAGGAGAACUCCGCCUUCAUAUUCAAGCAGGAGGAGAAGCAAAAGAAGAAGGGGUUUGCGGGGCGAGGGGCCUACGACGGUCCCUCCAGGCUGCCUGUUCACAGCAUCAUCGCAAGCAUGGGAACAGUAGCCAUGGAUCUGCAAAAUACAGAGUGCCGGCCUGUUAACAGCAGCAAGCUGACCCUCCCGGCUGAAAACGGGUCAGGCACCAGGCGACCUAGCAUUGCCCCAGUGCUCGAGUUAGCUGACAGCUCUUCCCUCCUGCCCUGCGACCUGCUCAGUGACCAGUCAGAAGACGAGAUGACUCAGUCGGAUGAAGAAGGGCCUACGGUUGUUGAGUACGUGAAAGGCUACCCCCCCAACUCCCCCUACAUUGGGAGCUCUCCCACUUUGUGUCACCUCUUACCCGAAAAGGCCCCGUUCUGCUGCCUCAGGCUGGACAAGGGUUGCAAGCACAACAGUUUUGAAGACGCCAAGGCCUAUGGGUUUAAGAACAAGUUGAUUAUAGUCUCAGCAGAGACUGCCGGGAACGGGCUGUAUAAUUUCAUCGUCCCCCUCCGCGCCUACUACCGGUCCCGGAAGGAGUUAAACCCGAUUGUGCUGCUCCUGGAUAACAAGCCAGAUCAUCACUUUUUGGAAGCCAUCUGCUGUUUCCCCAUGGUUUACUACAUGGAAGGCACGAUCGAUAACCUGGACAGUCUGCUGCAGUGUGGCAUCAUUUACGCUGACAACUUGGUGGUGGUGGAUAAAGAGAGUACCAUGAGCGCCGAGGAAGAUUACAUGGCAGAUGCCAAAACCAUUGUCAACGUCCAAACCAUGUUCAGGCUGUUUCCAAGCCUCAGCAUCAUCACGGAGCUGACCCACCCAUCCAAUAUGAGGUUCAUGCAGUUCCGAGCGAAGGACAGCUACUCCUUGGCCCUUUCCAAACUAGAAAAGAAAGAGCGAGAGAACGGCUCCAACCUGGCGUUCAUGUUCCGGCUCCCGUUCGCCGCCGGCAGGGUGUUCAGCAUCAGCAUGUUGGAUACGCUGCUCUACCAGUCCUUCGUGAAGGACUACAUGAUCACCAUCACAAGGCUGCUGCUGGGCCUCGACACCACGCCGGGCUCGGGCUACCUCUGCGCAAUGAAGAUCACUGAAGAUGACCUGUGGAUCCGGACGUACGGCCGCCUCUUCCAGAAGCUCUGCUCUUCCAGUGCAGAGAUUCCCAUUGGGAUCUACAGGACCGAAUCGCACAUGUUUGCAACCUCCGAGCCUCAUGACAUCAGAGCGCAGUCACAGAUCUCAAUCAAUGUUGAGGAUUGCGAGGAUACCAAAGAUGUCAAGGAGCACUGGAGCAUCAAGACGAGCCAUCACAGGAACUCCUGCUCCAGCGACCAGUCUGAGCACCCCUUGCUACGGCGCAAAAGCAUGCAGUGGGCCCGCCGGCUGAGCAGGAAAGGAAACAAGCACACGAGCAAGACGGCCGAGUGGAUCAGCCAGCAGAGACUGAGUCUGUACAGGAGGUCGGAAAGGCAGGAGCUUUCGGAGCUCGUCAAAAACCGGAUGAAACACCUGGGUUUGCCCACCACGGGGUACGAGGAUGUAGCAAAUUUAACAGCCAGUGAUGUGAUGAAUCGGGUAAACCUUGGAUAUUUGCAAGAUGAAAUGAAUGACCACCAGAACACGUUGUCCUAUGUCCUAAUCAAUCCACCUCCGGACACGCGCCUGGAACUCAAUGAUAUCGUGUAUUUAAUACGCUCUGACCCUCUAGCGCAUGUAUCCAAUGACACGCACAGUCGGAAAAGCAGCUGCAGUAACAAGCUGGAUUCCUGCAAUCCUGAAACCAGAGAUGAAACGCAGCUCUGAAUGACCUUUGCACUGAACACGUGUCUCCUCCUCCUCAU